AUGUCUGAUUUGAAAUUACAAGAGAGUGCUGGCUACUUCAGUAACAUUGUCAACAAUGGCCCAGUUUCCAUUUUCUCAUACUGUUUGUCAUCCAUUUUAAUGACUGUCACUAACAAGUUUGUUGUUAAUGGUGCUAACUUCAAUAUGAAUUUCGUAAUGUUAUUUGUUCAAAGUGCCGUUUGUACUUUGCUGUUGAUUGUUUUGAAAACCUUGGGCUACGCCAAGUUUAGAGCAUUUAACAAAACUGAUGCUAAAAAUUGGUUACCUAUCUCUUUCCUGUUGGUUUUGAUGAUCUAUACUUCUUCUAAGGCUUUGCAAUUCUUAGCUAUUCCAAUUUAUACCAUCUUCAAGAAUUUAACUAUUAUUUUAAUCGCUUACGGUGAAGUGUUGUUCUUUGGUGGUAAUGUCUCGUCAAUGGAAUUAUCCGCUUUCUUAUUGAUGGUCUUCUCUUCCGUCGUUGCUGCCUGGGGUGAUUCUCAAGCCGUUGCUGUUAAGAACGCUGCUUUGGUUGCCGAAGAUGUCACUGUCGGUAGUGCGGAUUUGAUUUCUACUUUCAACAUUGGUUACGUAUGGAUGUUAACUAACUGUCUAUCAUCUGCUGCUUUUGUUUUGAUCAUGAGAAAGAGAAUCAAGUUAACUAACUUCAAGGAUUUUGACACCAUGUUCUACAACAACGUCUUAGCUCUACCAAUUUUAAUUAUUUUCUCUUUUAUCGUUGAAGACUGGUCUUCUGAAAACUUGGCACAAAACUUUUCAAGCGACACUGCCACUGCGAUGAUUAUCUCCGGUAUGGCUUCUGUUGGUAUUUCCUACUGUUCAGGUUGGUGUGUCAGAGUCACUUCUUCUACCACUUACUCAAUGGUCGGCGCUCUAAACAAAUUGCCAAUUGCUCUAUCUGGUUUAGUCUUCUUUGAUGCCCCAAAGAACUUCUUAUCCAUUUCAUCAAUCUUUAUUGGCUUCUUAUCAGGUCUUGUUUAUGCUGUUGCCAAACAAAAGAAAUCCCAAUCUCCAUCUAAAUAA